AUGACUUCGACUGCAUUUCGAGACUCGAUGAAUUCGUUGGGCUGGUCGAGAAGAGAUCCGGAUGUUCCAGCCAACACGUCAUCGUCAACUCCCAUCUUAUCCAGACUAUCAUCGAUAAAUCCCUUUGGACGGAGAGGUUAUGUCCAAUUGCCCACACACGAGGCUCCCGGAGCGCCGCUACCAGCCCCGUCGCGGAGAGAGGAGGAAGAGGGUUGGUUCGCACUGAGCCGCUGGGAUCGUCUUCUGAUUUUUGGCGGAUGCAAUCUCGCCGCUCUGGCAUGUUUUGUUAUCUGUUUUGCUCUGUUUCCCGUCCUGUCGCUCAAACCUCGAAAAUUUGCGAUUCUGUGGUCGGUCGGCUCUCUGAUGUUUUUGGCAUCUUGGGCUUUCUUGAUGGGCCCGUAUCAAUAUGCAGUACACUUGACUUCAGGCCCUCGAUUACCCUUCACCGCCGCUUACUUUGGUUCCAUCAUCAUGACCAUCUACUUCGCCGUCGGGCUUCACUCUACAAUUCUCACUCUAUUUUCUUCCAUUGUCCAACUUGUGGCUUUGGUGUGGUACUUGGUCAGCUAUUUUCCCAUGGGAAGUACGGGAUUGCGGUUCGCUGCCAGAGUGGGAGGAGGUCGAGUAGCGGCAUGGAUGAACGACUGA